AUGGCUUCAGGAACAGCGCUGGUUUAUGACGAGGAGAUGACCACUCAUAAACUACUUUGGAGUGAUCCCAUUUGUGAUAUUGAAGUGCCAGAAAGACUUUCGUCCUCGUAUGAACAACUUAAGUGUUACCAUGUUGUGGAGAGAUGUGUCCAUGUGCCUUCCAGACUGGGCAGUGAGGAGGAGAUCCUGCUGGUUCACAGUUCAGAGCACUUGGAAGUGGCGAAAAGCACUCAGACAAUGAAUGAGGAGGAACUGAAAAGAGUCUCUGAAAAUUACGAUGCUUUUUUCUUUCAUCCGAGCACUUACCGCUGUGCCAGACUAGCAGUAGGAGCAACUCUGCAGCUGGUGGAUGCUGUGAUGUCAGGGAAAGUGCACAAUGGAAUGGCAUUAGUAAGGCCUCCAGGUCACCACAGCCAGAGGAAUGCAGCUAAUGGGUUCUGUCUGUUCAACAAUGUUGCUAUUGCAGCAGAAUAUGCAAAACUGAAAUAUGGUCUACAGAGAAUCCUAAUUGUUGACUGGGAUGUGCACCAUGGGCAAGGAAUUCAGUAUAUAUUUGAAGAAGACCCAAGUGUCUUGUACUUUUCCUGGCAUCGCUAUGAACAUCAGGAAUUCUGGCCAUCACUCAAAGAAUCUGACUAUGAUGCUGUGGGUCUGGGAAAAGGAAAAGGUUUCAACAUAAAUUUGCCUUGGAAUAAGGUUGGCAUGGGAAAUUCUGAUUAUCUUGCUGUGUUUUUCCACGUGUUGCUUCCAGUGGCUUUUGAGUUUAAUCCUGAACUGGUUAUUGUCUCCUCUGGAUAUGAUUCGGCAAUUGGAGACCCUGAAGGUCAGAUGAAUGCCACUCCUGAGGUUUUUGCUCACCUUACCCAUUUCCUGAUGCAGUUAGCUAAUGGAAAGCUGUGUGUCAUCCUAGAGGGUGGGUACCAUUUGAAAUCAUUGGCUGAAUCAGUUUGCAUGACUGUAAAAACUUUGCUUGGAGAUCCUGUACCUCAAAUAACUGGAGAAAUGGCACCUUGUCUAAGUGCAGUUGAAUCUAUUCAAAAUGUGAGAGCAGCACAUAAACCCUACUGGAAAUGCUGGAUGUAUGAAGUGCCUCCUAUCAAAACAGCAACAACUGACUCUAAAGGUUCAGCACAUUUGCUCCCUGUACCUGUUCAUUUGGUGAAGGAAAUGGACAGAACUGAAGUAGAAGCUCUUGUCAGUGGCUUUUAUGCAGACCUUGUGAAAGAGGACAAAACUUUGCUCUCUCUUGGCAGUACAUUGGCCAUCCUAGAUAAAAUACUUAAGAAGGAGGUAUGCAGUGGAAUUGCAGUGUCACCCACAGCUGCUGCUUCUGCUGCUGUUGCCCUCAGACAUUCUCUUCGUUUUGGAUUUCAAAGAGUGCUUUGUAUAUUUGUUGGAGACAUGCAGGUCAUACCAAACACAGAAGAUGGAAAAGUACUCAUCAUACAUAUCUGUGAGAAAGAACAGUCUGGAAAAAACAGCUCAAAACACUAUGUUUCUCUAAACUGGAAAGAGGAUGCUGAAGGAAAUGACUUCUUUUCUGCUGUACUUGGAUUCAUUCUUCCUGUAGCAUACAGUUAUCAACCGAACUUAACAGUAAUAGCUGUUGGACAAAAUAGGAGCCUUGGAAAAAAUGGGAUUUCUCUGCUUUUUGCUUUACUACAAGGAUUAGCCGAGUCUCGAAUUUUUUCUGUGAUUGAGGACACAGAGAUCGAUUUAAUGCCAAGUGUAGCCAAAGCAUUGGUGGGUGCUUCUACACCUCCCUUUGGAGUUUAUGUACCUCCUACUCAAGAGAAAGUAACUAAAAUAAAAUCAUUAUGCAAUGAUACAGGUGGGCAUCUCUCUCUAAAAUACGAUGCUUUCAGAAGAAAUGGCCAAGGCCAGGGCUCUGGUUCCAGUAAAAAUGUUCUUAAGGGGCUGGGAAUUGUG